AUGCGCGGGAAACUGGAGGGAGAGCGUCUGAUUGUCAACGCCACUGGACUGCACAGUCAUCCACCAGACUAUGUGACAGAGAAAGUGCUGCUUCUCAAGCAAGAUUGCAAGGAAGAAGAGAAGAAAAUGCUGGGUGGCAAGAUUCAGAGCGUGUUUACUCAAGCCUGCGAUAGGGCUGAUGAGGGUGCGCGCUCAGAAAUCACCUUCGAGUCAUGUAGAUCGUCGAUGUACCGGGCUCGCUCUGAACAGCACCCGCCCGUUCCGCAGGACUUCGAGGAGUUUGAGUCGUCCCUUGUUGACCAACGGUACUCAGACAAGUAUGGCAAGUGUCCUGAUGGCUCUCUUAUGACCCGAGGCCUUGUGGGACCAUCAGGUCACAGGUCACUCGUAUUUACGAGUGAUUUGAUGCUCAAUAUUAUGGUGGCUGCUCUCUGGCUAUUUAUUGAUGGGACUUUUGCUAGUCGGCCUGACACGCCCCCAUCUCGUCAGCUGCUCGUGAUCUCAGCUUUGUAUCAGGGAAUGUUGUUCCCAGUGUGCUAUGCGCUCAUGGAAUCGAAGUCGGAGGUUGCAUAUCGUGCAUUGUUCGCAUUUGUGAAAGAUUUGGCGCCAUCUCUUGCACCGGAGAACAUUGUUACUGACUAUGAGGCUGCAUUCGUACCAGUGAUCAGAGACGUUUUCCCUUCUACUAUCCACCAGGGGUGCUGGUUCCAUUUCUGUCAGGCAUUACAUCGCCACUUGGGUUUCCUCGGGCUCAUCACUUUUGUGAAGCGCAACUUUAAUGCAUUGACAGUGAUCCGAAUGUGCUAUGUUCUUCCUCUUCUUCCUUCGAACAAAAUGAUCUUCGGUCUCAAUGCUAUUGAGUAUGUAGCUCACAUGAACAGCAUUCUGGGAAAGCUGCAGCCGUUCCUGGAUUAUGUGCGUGAAACUUGGAUGGUCAGAAUCGGCACUGACCUUGUCAGUGUACACCGUUCCAAGCACAGAACGAACAACUUCUCUGAAUCAAGUCACAAGGCACUUCAGGAUCGGAUUGGAACAAUUCGCCCCGGAGUGUGGGACUUUGUCAUGUUGGAUGUGAUCCGUGUCCAGGGUGCCAAGCCAACUCGUAGAAACCGCCGCGCUCGGUGGAUUCGGCAGGAUGCCAAGAUCAACAAAUGGCUGAAUCAAUUGGACAAGGGUGAGAAGACUGUUCUGGAGUUUCUUGUUUCGGCACAAAACAUCGCCCGAAAACUGCAAGGCGUGCAGUUACACUUGGAAACUCAAGUCAGUGUGGAACCUACCGAUUACCCUGUUCAACUUCAAGCUGUUGAUGAUCCAGAAGAUACGGUUGAUGAUCCGUCAAGUGCGUCAAGUCAGGAUAGCCAGGAGACCCAGGGCAGUGACGAUACCCAGGACGGACAGGAUACCCAGGCUAACGAGGAUGUUCAGGACGUGUUGCAGCCACUGCCACUCCUCAUGCCACCAGGACACGUCGACUUCAGCACACGUCUCACACUAGAGACUGACCAGUUGUCGCAGGAUCUUUUCAGCACUCAGGAUGUUGUCACCGAACAUCCUCUUUCGCCUCUUUCCCCUCCUGUCCAGGAACGUGACCUCCAACGUGGCUCAGUCAGACGGGGUCCUGGUCGUCCUCGCCUGCGCCCUGCUGCGGUUGCACGAGCUCCUCCUUCGCCAACCGACGAACCAGAUGAGAACUAG